AUUUUGUAAAAUCCUAUUUGGUUUUGCUUUCAAAAUUUUCAAGUAUGCAAUGUCUGAAAAUUAUAUGAUUGUAUUUCAAUGGACUUACCUUUUGGCAAAGAACUACCCCAAUUAGAUGUGCUAAUUGUGGGCGCAGGUCUAUCGGGCUUAACGUCUGGUGUCAAAAUAUUAGCUAAAGAGCAUUCGCUUAAUCUUAAAAUUCUCGAUGAGUGCAGCAAACCCGGAGGUCUGCUGGGUACACAGGGUCUGCGAUUUGUCAAUAAGGAGCAGACGGAGAUGAUCAACUUUAUGAGCCAAUUAAAUGUAACACUUAGAGUGCGUGAAGAGGACGAGGGAGCUAACUUGGAACGCUGUUGGGAUCUCGAUCGUGGUCUGCUGGCGGCACCAGUCAAGUUUGAGCUUAGACGUUAUAUCAAUAUGCUGGAUCUGCGAAUGAAGAAGUAUAGCUCGCUGCGUUUUCGAUUUCGCAAGCGAGUACCAAACAUGGAACGACACAUACGCUCAAACUUGUUCUUCGAACAGUCGCGAAAAUUCAUGUUCAAUUUGGUGGAAUUAUUCUCUGGACUGCCCGCUAAUGAAAUCAACUUUGAUGAGUUCAUGUGCCUGUGCAGCUCCUGCGGUGGACUCAGCGUCAUAAUCGAUAUCUAUUUCAAAAUGCCAAAAUCCAUGAUGGAUGUGUCUUGUAAGAAAUUGCUGGAUACCCUGAUUGAAAAAUUACAUGAUAUUGAGAUUCUCAAGAAUGUUAAAGUUGUUAAGGUGAAGCAUUUUAAGGAUUAUGUUGAGGUCACCAAUUCCAUUGGUAAACCGUACACAGCACAAGCUGUAAUCUUAGCCAUUCCUUGGGAAAGAGUUAAUGAGCUUCAGUUCGAGCCUCCGUUACCAAAACAAUACUUUAAGCCGUCAGCGCACAAGGACAGAUCUAAGAAAUUGUUGACCCAAUUCUUUAUGAGGUACACCAAGUCCCACUGGGUAUAUCAAGGAUAUUCCGGACACUUUUUGAGCGUCGAACCCUUUGUGGUUGGCUAUGAAAACCAACCGACUGAGUAUUCUGGCUACAUGAUGCACAGCCCGGAUGAAUCGAACAGCGUGAGAGAAACUGUAUUGGAGAUGUUGGCUGAGAAUUUUGGGGAGGAGAUGCAAAAUCCAUUGGAAUAUCAGGAACAGACCAUGGAGCUAAAUACGACAUUGAGCAGUCCACAGACAAAGCCUUGGCUGCGGGUAAUCUGGUCCGGUUCCUCAACCGUUGCCACCAAAAAUCGUAAUCUCAUGGGUGGAGCAGUGGAGAGUGGCAUAAGGGCGGCAGUUAGUGCACUGUAUGUGGUGCGACCUCAGGUGGUUAGCUGGCGGGAUCUGCAGGAGGUCCAGGACAGAAAACUCUAUGAGGGUAUCAGCCUCAGUCGCGUCUCUGCUCUGCUCAGUCGUAUCAAUCUCUAUAACUUUACCUUCUACAGUGUCUUCGUCAUUGGUCUCGUAUUCUUACUCAACUUUGGCUACGGCCAAUCAGCUUAAAUAUAUAAGUACAUAAUACUUAAUAC